AUGGCGCGCUCCUACCCUGUCUGUGCCGCCGUCUUCGUCGCUACGGCAGUGCUAGGCAGCUGCUUUUUGACCGGGCCUCCCGCAGCCCACCAGACCCCCCGUGCGCCACAGACCUCGGCUGCCGGCCCUGCACAGGAGGCGCCGGCAGAGGGCUUCGCUUGGGCUGCCCCACUGCUGAGCAUCGGCGCGGCCUUGGGCGUCUUGCUGGGAGUGGCGGCGUCGCCAGCCAAGGCAAUCACGGCCGAGCAGUUCAGCCAGCUCACCUACGCGCAGGUGAAAGGCAGCGGCCUCGCCAAUCGCUGCCCCACCGUGGAGUCCAACGGCUCUGAGGUGCCUGUGACAGCAGGUUCCCGCCUCACGAACGUCUGCUUCGAGCCGAAGUCCUUCGCCGUUGAGUUCGAGACUGACAAGGGCAAGGAGUUUGCCACCACCAAGCUCACCACCCGCCAGACGUACACCCUGGCCUUCAUCGAGGGCUCUCUGGACGCAAACCCCAUCACCUUCAAGGAGCAGGAUGGCAUGGACUUCGCGGCCACCACCGUGAAGCUCCCCGAUGGUGAGUACGUGCCCUUCCUCUUCACGGUCAAGGAGUUGGUUGCCAAGGGUGAGGGAAGCUCCUUCAAGCCCGGCUUCACCUGGGGCGGUGAGUUCAGCGUCCCGUCCUACCGAACUGGAGGUUUCUUGGACCCUAAGGGCCGCGGCAUGACCCUCGGCUACGACCAGGCUGUUGCCUUGCCGGCCAUGCAGUCCGAUGGACAGGGUGGCCAGGAUGAGCUUUUCAAGGAGACCAACAAGGUGUUCGAUCUGGGCAAGGGCGUCAUUGAGAUGGAGGUCAACAAGGUGAACCAGGAGCUGGGUGAGAUCGGUGGCGUGUUCGUGUCGAAGCAGCCAUCCGAUACCGACAUGGGUGCCAAGGCCCCACGCACAGUUCUCCUGAAGGGCAUUUUCUACGGCAAGGUCGUCAAGGCUUGA